AUGGCCACGCUGGGCUCGCCGUCCCCUCCGUCGUCUCCCUCACGAACCAUGCGCCGCCGCGGGUGGGCCAGAAAGGUCGAGCGGUACUGCUGCACCGCCGUCACCUAUUUCCCGCUGCUGUUUGUCUACGGCCUGACGUCGUGGGCCGUCUGGGUCGAGGCGGGCAUCGGCUUUGUCCCGUCGACGAAUGUCUGGACCGGCAAACUCUCGUCCGCGCUCGGCGUCUUCCUCUACUUCAUGCUCAACUGGAGCUACACGGCCGCCGUCUUCACCGAUCCCGGCUCGCCGCUCAACCUCAACAAUGGCUACAGCCACCUGCCCACACAGGAGGGAGGGGACAUACAAUACACGUCCUUCACCGUCAAGGCGUCGACGGGCGACGUCAGGUUCUGCAACAAGUGCCAGUCCAAGAAGCCCGACCGCGCCCACCACUGCUCGACGUGCAGGCGCUGUGUCUUGAAAAUGGACCAUCACUGCCCCUGGCUCGCGACCUGCGUUGGCCUGCGCAACUACAAAAUGUUCAUACUCUUCCUGACAUACCUGACCUUCUUCUGCUGGACCUGUUUCGCCACGUCUGCCACAUGGGUCUACAGCGAGAUCCUCAGCGACGGCCAGUACACCGAGUCCUUCAUGCCCGUAAACUAUGUGCUCCUCGCCGUGCUCUCAGGGAUCAUUGGAAUCGUCAUAACUGGAUUCACGGCCUGGCAUCUGUGGCUCUCAGUCAGGGGCCAGACGACGAUUGAGAGUUUGGAAAAGACACGAUACUUGUCGCCCCUGAGGAACACGAUAAAACACAACCACAACGACCGCAAUUAUCUCGACGCCCAGGCUAAUGGUCGGCUGAGUAUUAGCGAUCAGCUGCGCGAAAUCCACGCGAAUGCCCUGCCGGGAGUCACCAGGCCCGAGGAAGGUGAGUCGACAUUGCGCUCUCCAGCUCCAGGCAAUGCGGCCAUGGGCAACGGGUACUCUCACCCGGCGUAUCAGUCGUACGAAGAACGAGAGCGGCAACAGAGCCACAACCGCUAUGAGGACUACCUCGACGAACGAGACAACGAACUCCUCCCCAACGCCUUCGACCUAGGCUGGAAGCGCAACCUUGGCCACGUAUUUGGACCCUCACCUUUGACAUGGUUUGUCCCAAUCUGCAACACCACUGGCGACGGCUGGUCGUGGGAACCCAGUCCGAAGUGGCUCGCCGCACGUGAGCGCAUAAAGAGGGAGAGGGAAGCAGAGGAGCAACAACAAAAGCAGCGUGAGCGUGCUGCCGGCUGGGGUCUUGAUUCUCCUACUGAAGCUGAAUUUAGGCGCAAUAGCAAGCCGACGGAGGGCUGGCAACCACAACGGCACAACGGAGCUUCACCACGACACCCGCACCGCCCCGAGUGGCAGUCUCCCCUACGCCGCGGCGAGCAGGGCCGAUACCUCACCACUUCCAACGGGAUCGUGAACGCGCCGAAAGAGGGAAGACGAAGCCCGUGCAAAGCAGAUCAGAUCCUGGGACGAGGGAGUGACAUGUACACAGACGGUGAUGUGCCGCUCCAAACCCUUGAUAACAAGAAGAAGUUUGAUCAGUACAACUACAUCUCUGAGGACGACGACGACGACGAAUACGAACUCUCGAGCGAUGAGCAAGCAGCCGACCAGCGGAAAUCACAUCGUGCAAAAACGGUACAGGCGCCCAUGCAGAACUGGAAUGACAUCCCAGAAGGCUUUUUGGAUCCGGCGCCAAGGGGGAAGAAGAGUGUUAGUCGAGAUAGGAACGCGGGGCCGAGGAAAACGCAGGAGUGGGAUGAUUGGAAGUCGUAG